AUGGAGACUCCACCAAGUAAAGAAGCUCAUCUAGAGUCUAAACCGGCCGUUUUGGACGACGCUGAGAUAGGCCAUAAUCAUGAGCCUCUCGCUGAUCUAGAGGUUGACCUUGCGACGGUUUUGGAAGAUGAUAAUGUUGAAUACUCGUAUGAAUCGCAUCGCUCUCCAUUCGCAGAGGUGAGAGCCGUGGUCCCUGAGGUUGACGACCCCGAUAUGCCCGUCAACACACUCCGAAUGUGGUUCCUAGGCAUCAUCUUUACAAUGAUCGGCUCCGGAAUCAAUCAAUUCUUCUCCCUGCGCUAUCCAUCCGUGCACAUCGUAGCCCUAGUCGCCGAACUCCUCGCUUUCCCCUGCGGUGUCUUUCUCGCAAAAGUCCUGCCCGAUUGGACCUUGAACUUUGGUCCUUUGGGGAAAUGGAGUAUCAAUCCAGACGACAAAUUCAACGUCAAAGAACAUACUGUGAUCGUGAUUAUGAGCAACGUCUCGUUCGGGUAUUUCAGCGCGGACUCUACAAAUAUCAUUCAAGCGGCAUCAGCCAAUUUCUACAAUUUCGGUCUCAAGACUGGGUUUCAGGUCCUGGUGGUUCUUUGUGCGCAGUUAUUGGGGUUUGGGGUUGCGGGUCUUUCGGCGCCGUGGAUCGUUGAGCCAGCUAGUAUUAUAUGGCCUGGAACGUUGUCCAAUUGUGCUCUUUUGGAGAGCCUACAUUCGAGGGCCAAUGUGGCUGUCGGGAAUUGGAAGGUUUCUCGUCUUCGGUUCUUUCUUUAUGUGAUGGUUGCGGCGUUUGUAUGGUACUGGUUCCCAGGCCUCAUCUUCACAGCCCUGAGCUACUUCACUUGGGUCUGCUGGAUAGCUCCCAACAACAAAGUCGUCAACCACCUCUUCGGUAUGCAGACCGGUCUGGGUCUAAGCCCUAUUACGUUUGACUGGAGUCAAAUCGCCUACAACACCAACCCGCUUCUGUCCCCCUCAUGGGCAGCCAUGAACGUCUUCGCAGGUUUCGCAAUCUGCUUUUGGCUCAUUACGCCAAUUCUGUAUUACACGAAUACAUGGUUUAGUGCUUAUCUGCCUUUGAUGACCGCUGAUGUCUAUGAUCGGUAUGGGAAUGCGUAUAACACGACUCGGGUCGUGAGUGCGGAUUAUACGCUCGACGUGGACGCGUACAGGGAGUAUUCACCACCGUAUCUACCAGUCACGUAUGCUUUUGUGUAUGGUCUGUCCUUCGCAUCAAUCACGGCCGUUAUCACUCACACCUACCUCUGGCACUGGGACGACCUCAUGGCCGCGUUCCGAGGCACCACACGACUAGACAUCCACGCUCGACUCAUGAAAGCCUACAAAAAGACACCUUGGUACUGGUACGCAAGCAUGAUCGUCGUUAUCAUGGCCAUGUCGAUCGCCAUGGUCGAAGUGUACGAUACCCAACUGCCGGUCUAUGGCGUUUUUCUCGCCUUCAUCAUACCGGCAAUCUAUAUGAUCCCCUGUGGUCUGAUCCAGGGUAUAACGAACGUAGACGCUAACCAGCUCAAUGUGCUUAGCGAAUUUAUCGGCGGGKACAUGUUUUCCGGCAGACCGCUGGCGAACAUGUGUUUUAAGAUCCUGUCAACCGAUGUUGUGGGUCAGGGAAUCUUUUUUGCAAUGGAUAUGAAAUUGGGACAUUACAUGAAAGUUCCACCACGAACACUCUUCUUUGCGCAAGGCUUCGCUACAAUCCUCGGCGCUCUGACCCAAGUCGGAGUUACGCUCUGGAUGUUGGGUAACAUCGACAAUAUCUGCAGCCUCGACCAAGCGGAUGAUUUCAGCUGUCCCAACGGCCGAACCGUGUACAGUAGCAGCGUAAUCUGGGGAUUGGUAGGGCCCAGUCGAUUGUACUCUGCCGGCAAGAUCUAUUCCUCUUUGAAUCAUUUCUUCUGGAUUGGUGCUAUUACACCGAUUAUCACCUGGGCGCUGUGGAAGUACACGAAGAAGGAUUACUGGAAGAAAGUGAAUUGGCCGUUGUUUUGGGUUGGGACUUAUAACGUGCCUCCUGGUAAUACCCUUCCCUCCCUCCUCAACCCUGUUAUAAUUCUAACGGAUGGUGAUACAGCAACCGGAAUAAACUACUCCAGCUGGGCAAUCGUCAACUUCAUCUUCAAUCACUGGAUCAAAAACAAAUUUUUCGCCUGGUGGACCAAAUACAACUACGUCCUGGCCGCUGCUCUCGACACAGGGAUCGCCAUCAGUGGUAUCAUCAUCUUCUUUUGCGUCUCGUACCCCGGGGCAGUGUUUCCGGAUUGGUGGGGGAAUAACGUGUAUUUGAAUACUGCUGAUGGGCAGGGUGUAGCUUGGUUGGAUAUUCCGGAGCAAGGGUAUUUCGGGCCGGCGAAUGGGACGUGGUCGUAG